AAAAAGAGUAGGGAAUAAGCUUCAUAAAAAGGAAUUUUAAAGCCACAAAAGGAAGGUAGGAAGGUAAGACGAAUCUUGUAAAGAUGACAGGAAAGAUUGCAGUAUAUAUUUAAAGAAAACAAUUUUAUCGGUCAAUCAAAACUGAAUGUUUGGAAAGUAUCGAAGAUGAUCUAAAUUGACUGAGUAUUAUGUUUUUAUUCUGAUAAAGAUACACUGGUAGAGGUUUGUUUUCAGCAUUUUGGUAUGUGAGAAGGUACCAGGUUUCCAGCAAGGCAGGAAAUCCGAGCUUUUAUUGUAGUCGUCAAAUCCUGGUCUUUGAGGAUUCUGGUUUGCUGAACUUGCUUCUAAAAAAGAAAUCGUGGGCCUUGGAAGCUGGUUGAGCACUCAAAUAGUGUCGAGUAAAGAUACUUUCUAGAGGAUCAGUCAUUAAGCAUCAACUUGUGACUAACCUUAUGCUGGGUAUUGCUUUACGAGCUGUUUUCGAUGCUUUGAGGAAGCUUGCAAAUUCAAAAGUUUGUUCCUUCCUAGGAUCAGUCAUUAAGCAUCAACUUGUGACUAACCUUAUGCUGGGUAUUGCUUUACGAGCUGUUUUCGAUGCUUUGAGGAAGCUUGCAAAUUCAAAAGUUUGUUCCUUCCUAGGAUCAGUCAUUAAGCAUCAACUUGUGACUAACCUUAUGCUGGGUAUUGCUUUACGAGCUGUUUUCGAUGCUUUGAGGAAGCUUGCAAAUUCAAAAGUUUGUUCCUUCCUAGGAUCAGUCAUUAAGCAUCAACUUGUGACUAACCUUAUGCUGGGUAUUGCUUUACGAGCUGUUUUCGAUGCUUUGAGGAAGCUUGCAAAUUCAAAAGUUUGUUCCUUCCUAGGCAUUGGAGCAGUUUGUGGGUCAUCUCAUUAAGAAUUAUUGAUCCAGUUCAGGUUUGAGCACCUCACUAUUUAUUCCAGCGAGUUGAAGGGUAUAAAGCUGCAACCAAUAAUUGCUUCAAUAUUCAAAUAUUUAUUUAUUAAACCUUACUUUAGUUCGAUAUUAAGUGUGUCAUUUCAUACUAAAGCCAUCAAUGAAGAACUACUGCAAAAUCUUUCUGAUGCUCUACACUUGUCGGUACCUAAUAAAAUUUGGGUUGGACUUGCUUUGUCUAAUUAUGAGGAACACGAUAUCUGCACGAUACCAGGAUGUGUGGUUAGUUAUUCUCUUAUUUGUACAUACAUUUAGAUAUAAUUUUUGUUUAGUUGUAGGAAGUGGAAUACAUACAACAGUUUAUUAUUUUUCUCUCCUUGGAAUUCUUCUACGUGUUGCACUAAACCUGUAACCCUUUUCUUUGUUGUAUGCAGGAAAGACUUUCUGUUUGAGUCAGAUUGCUGCGUUUGAGGCUACUAAGAUAAUUCAGCAUAUUCUUGUGUUAUUCUUGGGAAACUAGGGUGUUUUCCGUGAUAGUUCCUAGUUGUCUAUAAUGUUGUAAAAUACGCUUCAACCUAACUAUGUUACUUGUAAUGUUACCCCGUUCUAAAAUUUUCAACUUGCCUAUAAUGUUUAUCCUU